AUGGCAGAAACCAUCACCGUCAAGUCGCCUCCGCUCUUCCUCAAGUCUGCAGAUAAGAGCCCGGUACGCGGGUCGAAGCCGGGGCAAGUGCGGAGCCCGCAGAGGCCGGCGGGGAAGGAGCCUCUGCAAGCAGCAGUCGCCGGGCCCAAUGCCGUGGUCAAGCGCAAGCAGACCAAGAGCCGCAACGUCCCUGGCGCUGCAGGCUGCAUAACGUGCAAGGCGAAGCGUCUGAAGUGCGACGAGACGAAGCCGACGUGCAAGCAAUGCACUCGACGGAGCGUCGCGUGCGGCGGCUACAAGAAGGACUUCAAGUGGCGGCCCUUCGAAGACACCACCUUUGCGACCAAGACCACCGCCAGGUCAAGAAGAACUCUCCUCGCCCGACCUAUGCCCCCGCCCCAUCAUCACUUUGCCCACCAUGCACCGCCGAGCUACGACACCCACCGCAACGCCUUCUAUCCACCGCCUUACCCGCACCCGCACCCUCACCCGCUCCCAGCCUUCCCGGAGCCCUCGCAGGCCCUCAUGACCAGCAUGUUCGCACUACCGCAGCAUCAACCGUACCUGCUAGCGCCACCGGCCAUGUCUCCCGUGGAGAGCUUUGCACCUGGUUCCGAGAGCACAAACAGCGUGUUCGAGGCAGAAGGUGCCGACACGCGACCCAGUAGGACGACCCUUGCGUCCAGUGUCUCGUCAGGCCAGUCGCCACGCUUGGUGGAUCUACUGCUACCCGGCACAGACCUGACAAACUUGCCCGAAGAGUACAUAUCGUUCCGCGAGCAGCAUGAAGCCUUUUAUCAGCCCACCGGCCUCACGCCGCCGCCAGAUGCAAUGGACCAAGACAUCGAGGACAUACCGCGCGACUUCGACCAAGACGACUGGAUGAUGCGGCUUCCCUCGCCUGCCCCGUCCGACUCGUCUGCUUCGUCUACAGACACAAAGGAACUCACUCUCUUCGCUCGGCCACGCCUCUCCAUGACAUCGCCCGAAAUGCUGACGCGGCGGUUUGACCAGGAGACGUGCGGCAUCCUGUCCGUCAAGGACGGCCCUACCGAAAACCCGUGGCGUACCCUCAUAUGGCCGUUGGCGCACGACUGUCCGGCCUUGUACCACGCCAUGCUAUCCAUGACAUCGUUCCACCAAUCCAGGGACUCGACCGCGCUACGCAUCCAAGGGAUAGACCACAUGCGCACCGCCGUUCAUGCACUAGCAUCUGGCAUAGAGAAUAUGCGUGUCGAUGCCGCCAUUUCCACCACCAUUGCUCUCGCUUUUUCAGAGUCGUGGGACCAGCACAUCAGCACGGGCAUAAAUCACAUCAAGGGCGCCAGGGUGCUGAUCAAUAAAGCCCUUGUGCAACACAACCGCAACCCCGUGCGCGGCGAGGAACUGACACGCUUGAAGUUCCUCUGCAACUCGUGGCUUUAUAUCGACGUCAUCGCCCGGCUGACCUCUGCGGAUACCGAUGAGUCGAGUGAUUACGACAGUGUCUUGGACAGUCUGCAGAUGGGAGAAAACGAUGCGUGCCAGCUCGAUCCUCUCAUGGGCUGCGCACAGACGCUAUUCCCCAUCAUUGGCCGUGUAGCAAAUCUCGUGAGGAAAGUGCGACGGGUUGACACCAACAGUUCCACCAUCAUCUCGCAGGCCAUGGAACUGAAGCGACAACUCGAAGGCUGGAUGCCGCCUUCAUACAUUGAGGACCCCGAAGACGAGACCACCAGCCCCCACGACUCCAUAAAGACGGCAACAGCAUAUCAGUAUGCAACGCUAUUGUAUCUACACCAAGCAGUACCCGAGAUACCUUCACUGCCUUCUGCAGUACUCGCCCAAAAGAUUGUACGGGAGCUCGCCACGGUCGACCAUCGGUCACGGUCGACCAUUGUGCACAUCUACCCCCUUACGGCUGCAGGUUGCGAACUGGUAGACCCGGUCGAUCGAGAGUGGAUUUGCGACCGCUGGGAUCGUACAGCUGCCCGCAUGAAGAUCGGUGUCAUCGAACGCUGUCUCGAAGUCACCAAAGAAGUCUGGAGUCGCCGCGAUACAUAUGCAGCAGAAGCCGCCCUGGACCAGGAGAUGAGCGGCAAUAUCUACUCUGCCACGCCUUCCCUGAAACGGCACUUUAGCAACUCAUCCGACGAUUUCGACAACGCGGGAGACUUCUGCUGGCUCGAACCGGCGGCGAAAGCCAGAGCGGUAGAACCCGUCUCCACACUCGAUGCCGAAGGGGAGUUUUGCUGGAUAGAUCCCGCUCCUCGCGAAGCCCCACGGCGCGUGCCUGUCCAGUCGGCAAUGAGUGGAGGUAUGCGGCGAUCAGAAGUCAUGGGGACGGAGACCCUGCCGUAUGACUUCACUGUCAAAGGACGUCUGCACUGGUUAGGCGUUAUGCAGGACUGGAAUUGGGAAGGUCAGAUUGUGCAUCGCGUUGCGUGCGAGUUGCUCCGUUAG